AGUCGGCUUCUUUGAGUCAGAAGAGUGAGGCGCGCUGGGGUUAUGGGAGUAAGAUGGCGGGGAAGAAGAAUGUUCUGUCGUCCCUGGCAGUUUACGCGGAAGAUUCAGAGCCCGAGUCCGACGGCGAAGCUGGCGUCGAGACGGCGGGCAGCGCGGCUGAAGAGAAAGGUGGAUUAGUAUCUGAAGCCUACGGAGAGGAUGACUUUUCUCGCCUCGGAGGUGAUGAAGAUGGUUACGAAGAAGAGGACGACGAGAACAGCAAACAGUCGGAAGAUGACGAUUCAGAGACUGAAAAACCUGAGGCUGAUGACCCAAAGGCUGGUCACCCUGUCGUUGGGCUUGUUUGGGAAUAUCGAAUUCCACAGUUUGAAACUGGAGUACGCUCAGAGGAGAGCAAUAUAAAGGAUAACCCAGAAGUAGAAAAGCGGGAUCCUCAGGAAUUAGUCGCCUCCUUCUCUGAAAGAGUCCGGAACAUGUCGCCCGAUGAAAUCAAGAUCCCACCUGAACCACCUGGCAGAUGUUCAAAUCACUUACAAGACAAGAUCCAGAAGCUUUAUGAGAGGAAGAUAAAGGAGGGAAUGGAUAUGAAUUACAUUAUCCAAAGGAAGAAAGAAUUUCGGAACCCCAGCAUCUAUGAGAAGCUGAUCCAGUUCUGUGCAAUCGACGAGCUCGGCACCAACUACCCAAAGGAUAUGUUUGACCCCCAUGGCUGGUCCGAGGACUCCUACUAUGAGGCAUUAGCUAAAGCCCAGAAGAUCGAGAUGGACAAACUGGAAAAGGCCAAAAAGGAGCGAACCAAGAUCGAGUUUGUGACAGGCACCAAGAAAGGUACCACGACCAACGCCACAGCCACUACCACCACCACGGCCAGCACGGCGGUUGCAGAUGCCCAAAAGAGAAAGAGCAAGUGGGACUCGGCCAUCCCGGUGACGACGAUAGCCCAGCCAACCAUCCUCACCACCACGGCCACUCUGCCAGCUGUCGUCACGGUAACCACCAGUGCCAGCGGCUCCAAGACCACUGUGAUCUCCGCCGUGGGCACCAUCGUGAAAAAGGCCAAGCAGUGACCCGAGGGACCAGCUUGGGGCGGCUCGGACAUUCUCCCCUCCUUUGAGGGGAGGAGCCCCUCCGGGAUUUGAUGAGAUUGUGCAGCCCAGGGAGCGACGCAGCGCACAGGUGCCGCCUUGUAGAUUUCAGGACUGGGAGUUGCCCCCCAGAUGCCACCCCCAAGAGGAGCCUCUGUGUGUCAUUCCAGCCAGGAAGAGGACAUUGUCACAGAGGAGUCAGGUGCUCCGGAGAGGAUCCACACCCCACUUGGGGACUGGUGCCCUAUUAAAAGUGCUGUAUUCUUACAUCUCA